AUGAAUGACCAGUACCACCGAGCAGCCCGGGAUGGCUACCUGGACCUCCUGAAGGAAGCCACCAAGAAGGACCUGAACUCUCCGGAUGAGGAUGGCAUGACCCCGACCCUAUGGGCUGCCUACCACGGCAACCUGGACGCCCUGCGCCUCAUCGUCAGCAGAGGGGGGGAUCCAGACAAAUGUGACAUCUGGGGGAAUACCCCUCUCCACUUGGCAGCAGCCAAUGGCCACCUCAACUGCCUUUCCUUCCUCAUCUCUUUUGGGGCCAACAUCUGGUGCCUGGACAAUGACUACCAUACCCCGCUGGACAUGGCAGCCAUGAAGGGGCACAUGGAGUGUGUGCGAUACCUGGACUCAAUUGCUGCCAAGCAGAGCAGCCUCAACCCCAAGCUGGUGAGCAAACUGAAGGACAAGGCCUUUAGGGAUGCGGAGCGGAGGAUUAAAGACUGUGUGAAGCUGCAGAAGAAGCACCACGAAAGGAUGGAGAAGCGGUACAGAAAGGAGAUGUCAGAUAAUUCGGAUACCAUGAGCUUCUCCAGCUAUUCAAGUAGCACCUUAAGCAAGAAGUUCCAGCACAUGUCUAUGGUGACUUCCCUGCCAUACUCACAAGCCACCAUCCAUGGCACAGCCAAGGGAAAGACAAAGAUACAGAAGAAGCUGGAGAAGAAGAAGCAGGUAGAUGGGACAUUCAAGAUCUAUGAGGAUGGGAGGAAAAGUGUGCGGUCCCUGUCUGGUCUGCAGCUGGGGAACGAUGUCAUGUUUGUGAAGCAGGGCACGUACGCCAGCCCCAAGGAGUGGACCCGGCGUAAUAUCCGAGACAUGUUCCUCACGGAUGAAGACUCUGUCUCCCGUGCCAUAAGUGACCCGGGUUUGCACAUGGACUCAGCCCAUUCGGAAGUCAGCACUGAUUCCGGCCACGACUCCUUGUUCAACCGCCCCGGGCUGGGCACCAUGGUGUUCCGGCGCAACUAUGUCAGCGGUGGGCUCUUUGGGAUCGGCCGGGAGGACGCUGGCACGUUGGGUGAAGACAACACGGAUGGGAUAGGUGUCAAACUGCGGAGCCGCCUGCAGCGCUCGCCAAGUCUCAACGAUAGCAUUGGCAGUGCCAACAGCCUGCAGGAGAGGAACGCGGAGGAGCUGCCCUGGGAUGAGGUGGAGCUGGGCUUAGAUGAUGAUGAUGAACCAGACACCAGCCCAUUGGAGACUUUUCUGGCUUCCCUGCACAUGUUUGAGUUCAUCUCCAUCUUGAAGAAGGAAAAGAUUGACUUGGAGGCCCUCAUGCUGUGCUCAGACAAUGACCUGAAGAGCAUCAACAUCCCAUUAGGACCCAGGAAAAAGAUUGUGGAUGCCAUCCAGAGGAGACGACAGACUCUGGAGAAGCCAGAUGUCAUUGUAGACACUGAACUGUAA